AUGAUUAAGGUGAAGCCUCUGCUGCAGGUGACCCGGCAGGAGGAGGAGAUGCAGGCGAAGGACGAGGAGCUGGUGAAGGUGAAGGAGAAGCAGAGCAAGGUGGAGGGAGAGAUGCUGGAGAUGGAGAAGAAACAACAGCAGUUGGUGGAGGAGAAGAACAUCCUGGCGGAGCAGCUGCAGGCGGAGACGGAGCUGUUUGCCGAGGCCGAGGAGAUGAGAUCUCGUCUGGCCUCCAAGAAGCAGGAGCUGGAGGAGAUCCUCCACGACCUGGAGUCCCGCCUGGAGGAGGAGGAGGAGAGGAGCCAGAGCACCGUGAACGAGAAGAAGAAGAUGCAGUCACACAUCCAGGACCUGGAGGAGCAGCUGGACGAGGAGGAGGCCGCCCGGCAGAAACUGCAGCUGGAGAAAGUGACGACUGAAUCCAAGAUGAAGAAACAUGAGGAGGACAUUCUGCUGCUGGAGGACCAGAACUCCAAGUUCAUAAAGGUGAGGAGAGAAGGGUCUGCAUUCAGGCUGAAGAGAG